AUGGCCAACCCCCCAGACCGAGCACAACAGUCCACUCUGAAAACCUCUCUACCCACCGCCUACGCCGCUGCCAACGCGCAACAACCUCGCCCAGCACCACCGUCCGAACUCACUCCCGAAGAGCAAGAAAAGUACCUGCUCGCCCGACCUGGCGCCACAGCCCAACAUCUCGACAUCGCUCUGCAGCACGCCCACCAAAUCCAAGCCCAAAAAGAUACCGAGAACCUGAUCCUCGACCGGAUCCUGGAUCUAGUCACGCUGCCGACCUCUCCAUCCGCCGACCCCGCCACGCCCUCCCCCGAAGAUGCGCGCACCUUCAAAGCAGCCCUAAUCCCUUUCCGCCCCAGCGACUACGACAACCUGACCCUGGAGCGGAACUACGACCAGCUCUGCGGCUACGGGCUCUGUCCGCGCAGGCAUCGCAAGGAGGAGGGUAGUUCUGCACAGCAGGGCAGCUUCAAGUUCAAAUGGGGUGCCAAGGGGAGUGGGCCUGGUGGCCGUGGACGCAGUAUGGAUAUCGUCCCGCAGGAGAAGUUGGAGAAGUGGUGCUCUGAUGAUUGUGCAGAGAGGGCACUGUUUAUUCGUGUGCAGCUUGCUGAGGAGCCGGUUUGGGAGAGGCGCGCGGGGGAUAAGCGAAAUCGGAAUAUUCUGCUCCUGGAGGAGGCGCGUGCGAAGCGAAUGCAGGAGGCCGCUGCUGCUGCGACUAUUCCGACUACUACAGGCUCAUCGUCCAAGGACAUGGAGGGGAAGGAAGAUGUUACGGCGGAAUUGGGAUUGGGCAACUUGACGUUGCAAGAUACCGACCACGGGAAGGACCUUGCUUUGGAGCGCGGUGAUACCGGUCUUGUCUUUCGAAAUGGUCGUGUGGAUGUUCAGAUCAAGGAAAAGGAACGUGAGCUGGAUCACCCGGUUGCUGCUCCUCAACUGCGGCCGGAGGAUGCCACUGGAGGUUCCAUUGAGGGCUAUGUGCCUUCGGAGGAACGGGGGCAGCAGCCGGCCGAUGAUGAUGGGGACGUGCUCGAUCAGAUUUGA